CCAAUUACCCAAAUUUCAAGCUUGUCUCUCAUAUAAAACCCCCAUCGUUUCGGUUUGUGGAUGCUCCUCUCCCAAGCUCUGAAGCCCCAUAACCGUCCCUACCUCUCAAACCCUCUGCUCCUCUCCGUCUCUUCUCUCCGGCAGUUGCAGCGGAAGGGGGUGAAACAGUCAGCGCAGGAGGUGACCGACGGCCCGGCUGUGUUGAACGGGACAAUGUCGUCGGGGGCUGCCGAGCUCAAUGACUUCAAGAUCAUCAAGGAAGGGGAGGCCGAGAUCCUCAUGCACGCGAAGAACGAAGUGUUCUUCAACAAGGCCCAGGUCAACAACAGAGACAUCUCCAUUGCUGUCUUGAGAACGUUUAUAUCGAAGAGAAAGGAGGAGCACGAGGCAUACCUGUCUAGGAAGACGAAAUCAACACAGAGGACAGGCGAGAAUGAUGCUGUGGAAUGCGUCGCCCAAGAAUCUUCAGAACCUCCAGCUGAAGUUGAAAAACCAAAUGGAGACUGUCAGGCGCCAUGUGAGACCUCUCAAGAAGAGCCGUGCAGCACCAUUGAGGACUCAACCAAGAGUGUGCAGAGAAAUGGGCUUCCGGAACUGAAGGCACCAAGAGUUCUCGAGGCUCUAUCGGCGUCAGGACUUAGAGCCCUCAGAUAUGCCCGUGAAGUAGAAGGAAUAGGCCAAGUUGUGGCACUCGACAAUGAUAAAGCUUCUGUUGAAGCUUGCCUGAGAAACAUAAAGUUCAAUGGUUCCGUAGCAUGUUCUAAGGUGGAAUCUCAUCUCGCUGAUGCUCGUGUAUAUAUGCUCACCCACCCAAAAGAGUUUGACGUGGUUGAUCUUGAUCCAUACGGUUCGCCUUCGGUUUUUUUGGAUUCUGCCGUCCAAUCAGUCGUUGAUGGAGGCUUGCUGAUGUGCACAGCAACUGACAUGGCGGUCCUCUGUGGGGGUAACGGUGAAGUUUGUUAUUCCAAAUAUGGCUCAUAUCCUUUGAGAGGAAAGUAUUGUCAUGAAAUGGCUUUGAGGAUCCUCCUGGCCUCUAUUGAGAGCCAUGCGAAUCGCUACAAGCGAUACAUAGUUCCUGUGCUAUCCGUGCAGAUGGACUUCUACAUUCGAGUUUUUGUUCGCAUUUACUCGUCUGCGAGUGCAAUGAAGAAUACCCCCCUUAAGCUCUCCUACGUUUAUCAGUGCACUGGUUGUGAUUCUUUCCAUCUUCAGCCCAUUGGGAGGACUGUAACCAAGAACACAAGCACGAGAUAUCUUCCCGGGUUUGGUCCUGUCGUUCCACAAGAGUGCACUGACUGUGGGAAGAAAUACAACAUGGGUGGCCCAAUAUGGUCAGCUCCUAUCCACGAUGAAGAAUGGGUCAAUUCUAUACUUGUGGGUGUGAAGUCCAUGAAGGAUCGUUAUCCAGCUUAUGAUCGUAUAUCUGCUGUAUUGACCACAAUUUCAGAGGAACUUCCCGAUGUUCCUCUGUUUCUGAGUUUGCACAACCUCUGUGCCACCCUCAAGUGCACCUCACCCUCAGCAGUUAUAUUCCGGUCAGCUGUCCUAAAUGCGGGUUAUCGAAUUUCUGGGACCCAUGUAAAUCCCCUGGGCCUGAAGACAGAUGCUCCCAUGGAUGUUAUUUGGGAUAUCAUGCGAUGCUGGGUAAAGAAUCAUCCUGUCAAAGCUCAACCUCCUGAACAACCGGGAAGUGUGAUACUCUCUAAGGGACCGACUCUUCAAGCUAAUUUUGCCCGUGCAGUGGCAUCCUUGAGCAAGGCCCAGGCCAAGAAGGUGGCGCGGUUCCUGCCAAAUCCAGAGAGGCACUGGGGACCGAAGUUACGGGCUGGCCGUCAGAUCACAAGCAAGCACGUCUCUCUUCUGGGCGCUGAAGCAGUGAAUGGUUCACUCAGACACCAUGACAGUGAGGAGCCCGAGGGUAAGCGCCAAAAGAUGGAACACAACACCUCAGAUUCGUGAUCCGCACUUUGUUCUGUUGUUAAUGUAACGCAUCCAGCCUAAAUUAAGGCUGCGUCGAGUUUUGUAUUUCUUUCCUGCUGCAAUAAAUUAUUGGUUUCUCUGGCGUUUUUUAUUAGGAUAUGUAGUGGAGGGAGUGCAGAGUGGAUGAGUUUGUGGCGGUUCUCUUAUAUUUUCUCCGGAAAAAGAGUGGAAGGUGGUACUGAUAUUCUUCACGGGAUAAAUUUUGAUUGUGAAUUGGGAUAGGAAAUCGAGUAUACGCGUUACUUUAUUUCUUGCAAUUUUUGUA